AUAAAUUAUAAUAUUAUAAUUAAACAUGUUUACAAGCAGAAGCGCUUUUAGACUCCAGAAUAGAACUGCAUCUAUGAUGAAUAAUGCGAGAGGUUUCCAUACUGCAUCGGCUUUGAGAAGCAGUGCUAUGAGCCCAGCCUUGAUGAGACAAAGUCAGAGGUAUUAUCGUCAAAUGCAUAACUUGCAUGAGAUCAGUUGGACCACUCAGCUAGAGUUACAAAGCAGAACUUCUAAAUAUUUAGAGAAAACAGACAGAGUCUACCUCCCAUCAAAGACCGUUGAGUUCGACAGAAAUGGAGAACUGCUGUUGUACUCUUGAGACAAUGUCAGACACAGCCAGGUCUAUUUCAAAUACCCUUACUGAAUGUACGACUGCUUCGUGCCAAUCGCCUGGUACCUGUACUUCGUGAACCCAUUCAUGUGGAAGUGGCAAAUUAUUUGCAGUAUUUUCUACUUGACAAACUCUCUGGCCUGGAUGCCUCAUGUGCUUUACUGGAAGGCUCUCGAUAGGAAAAUUCACAAAUUCUACUUGUUGAGAGGAGGCAAGUACGUCAAAAUAUUCAACAUGAACCCAAGCGGAGACACCUUCUUCUCCUGGGCGACCAUCAACGAGUUCCACUUGCUCACGGAAGACUACGAAGACUUCGCCGACAAAGACGAGACUGAGUUCUUGAACAAAGACGGUUCUUUGCAGUACGAAGUGCAAGUGCAGCUUGAAAACUAUGUGGACCACUAUGUGACUGUACAAGACGAAAUCAUUUACUUCAUGAAGCAGGGAACUGUGCACCAGCCAGAAAUAUUCGAAAUGGUUUUGAGGGGAUACAACAUCGAGACCAGCAACUUCGUCAUCAACACCGAGAAUAAUGUGAGAUAUAUGGAACCUCAUCAUAAUCAAUAA